GCAAUCUUCCGAGAAGGCAUAGCUCCAAUAGCAAAUCAGUGGACAAAUUUUAGUUCUGUUAUUUCAUCAAAACACAUGAGUGGAUUCUAACAAGAUAAAAGGCACUGCACCUUCUGGAUCCAGUGAGAGCAAUGGAGACAGCCCUAGCAAAAACGCCACAGCAAAGGCAAGUCAUUUUUCUUAUUAUAUUGUUUCUUUUGUGUCAAUCUGGCUCUGAGGCAAUUAGAUAUUCCAUGCCAGAAGAAACAAAGACUGGCUACUUGGUGGCUAACCUGGAAAAAGACCUGGGGCUCAGGGUUGGGGAGCUGGCCUCUAGAGAGGCACGAAUUCAUCUCAGAGGGAACAAAGAGCUCUUGGGGCUGGAUGCAGAGACUGGGAAUUUGUACCUGAAAGAAAAACUAGAUCGCGAGGUGCUGUGUGGGGUGACAGAACCCUGUGUGCUGCACUUCCAGCUCAUACUGGAAAACCCUGUGCAGUUCUUCCAAACUGACCUGCAGCUCACAGACAUAAAUGACCAUUCUCCUGAGUUCCCCCACAGGGAAAUGCUCCUAACAAUCCCGGAGAGCGCCCAACCAGGGACUGUGAUUCCUCUGAAGGCAGCUCAGGACUCUGACAUGGGGAGCAAUGCUGUUCAGAACUACACAGUCAGCCCCAACCUCCAUUUCCAUGUGGUCACUCACAGUCGCGCUGAUGGCAGGAAAUACCCAGAGCUGGUGCUGGACAGAGCUCUGGACAGGGAGGAGCAGCCUGAGCUCACUUUAAUCCUCACUGCUGUGGAUGGGGGGUCUCCACCCAGGUCUGGGACAACCACAGUUCGCAUUGAAGUCGUGGACAUCAAUGAUAACGCUCCCCAGUUCGUACAGUCGCUCUAUGAGGUGCAGGUCCCCGAGAACAGCCUCCUUGGUGCCUUAGUAUUGACAGUUUCUGCCAGGGAUUUAGAUGCGGGACCUUAUGGGAAUGUAGCCUACUCUCUGUUUCAAGGUGGUGGAGCUUCUCAACCAUUUGUAAUAGAUGAAGUCACAGGAGAAAUCCGUCUUAGCAAAGAGUUGGAUUUCGAGGUAACUAACCUGUAUAACAUAGAAAUUGCGGCCACGGAUGGAGGAGGCCUUUCAGGGAAAUGCACUGUGGCUGUACAGGUGUUGGAUGUGAAUGACAACGCCCCAGAGCUGACCAUUUCCAAGCUCACAAGCCCUAUCCCAGAAAACUUGCCAGAGACUGUAGUUGCUGUUUUCAGUGUUUCUGACCCAGAUUCUGGGGACAAUGGAAGGAUGGUGUGCUCUAUUCAGAACGAUCUCCCAUUUCUCUUAAAACCCACUUUCAAGAACUAUUACACAUUAAUGACAGAGGGUCCACUGGACAGAGAGAGCAGAGCUGAGUACAACAUCACCAUCACAGUCACCGACAUGGGCACACCCAGGCUCACAACCCAGCACACCAUAACAGUGCAGGUGUCCGAUGUCAACGACAACGCCCCUGCCUUUACUGAAACCUCCUACACCCUGUUUGUGCAGGAAAACAACAGUCCUGCCCUGCACAUAGGCACCAUCAGCGCCACAGAUUCAGACUCAGGCUCCAAUGCCCGUAUCACCUACUCCCUGCUGCCCACCCAUGACCCGCAGCUGGCCCUCUCCUCUCUCAUCUCCAUCAAUGCAGACAAUGGGCAGCUGUUCGCGCUCAGGGCGCUGGACUAUGAGGCCCUGCAGACCUUCGAGUUCCGUGUGGAAGCCACAGACCAAGGCUCACCAGCGCUCAGCAGCCAGGUGCUGGUGAGGGUGUUCAUGAUGGACACCAACGACAAUGCGCCCUUCGUGCUCUACCCUUUGCAGAAUGCCUCUGCACCUUGCAUGGAGCUGCUGCCCAAGGCAGCAGAGCCUGGCUACCUGGUCACCAAGGUGGUGGCAGUUGACCGAGACUCUGGCCAGAAUUCCUGGCUGUCCUUCCAGCUGCUUAAAGCCACGGAGCCAGGACUGUUCGAUGUGUGGGCUCACAAUGGCGAGGUGCACACCUCCAGGCUCCUGAAUGAGCGCGAUGCUCCCAAGCACAGGCUGCUGCUGCUGGUCAAGGACAAUGGUGAUCCUCAGAGGUCUGCCAGUGUUACUCUGCACGUGCUGGUGGUGGAUGGCUUCUCUCAGCCCUACCUGCCUCUGCCUGAGGUAGCGCGGGACCAUGCACAUGAUGAGGACUCACUCACACUGUACCUGAUCAUUGCUUUGGCAUGUGUGUCUUCGCUCUUCCUCUUGUCUGUGCUGCUGUUUGUGGGGGUGAAGCUGUGCAGGAGAGCCAGGUUGGCCUCUCUGAGUGGCUGCUCUGUUCCUGAGGGUCACUUUCCUGGUCACCUGGUGGAUGUUAGUAGCGCUGGGACCCUGUCCCAGAACUACCAGUAUGAGUGCCUCAGGGGAGACUCUGGGACUGGUGAGUUUAAAUUUCUUAAACCCUUGAUCUCCAACAUGUUACUUCGGGUUGCUGUGAUGGAAUGCAAGGAAAGUCCUCACUGCAGUGAUAGCUUUGUAUUCAGUUAG